AUGAUGAAACACGUGCAGCUUUCUCCUUACAGGAGUAGAGCUGACACUGUGUCCCUUAGUUCAACUGUAUCCUAUGGGAGUCUAAGUCCGGAACCCCUAGGAAGUAGAUCUUCUAGUUAUUCUUCAUUAAAUGAAUCUGUACAGACCACGAUUAAAGUGUAUGCCCGAUGUCUCCGCCCCGAUAUAGAAUACAAAACUCUCAGUAUCACCUUCCAAACGACGUGUAAAGAAGUUGUGGCCACAUUGCUUAGCAAAUACAAAAUGAAGCACAGGGAUCCGAAACUUUUUUAUCUGUCAAUGGAGGUGACAGUUCGGAAAGCCGGUGUUAAGACACACUUAGCAUUGGACGAAGAAGCCAGGCCUGCUGUGUUGCAAAGUUGUCAUCCUAAAGGAGAUUCCAGAUUUUCCCUACAAACUCGCCGCGGGGGCCUAGUGAAAGUACACGACUCCGCUUUGAACACCAACUCCCAGUACAAAUCACUCCUGAUUAGCGCGAGAACUACUGCUGAUGAAGUCAUUUCCUUAUUGUUGACUUGCAGUAACAGCAAAGAAAGAGUAGAACAAUUUUCUAUUUACGAAGUUAACACAGAUAGAGAACAGCAAAGGAAGUUGCACCCUGAUGAUAGACCGCUACAAGUUCAACAAACGUGGUUGCCAAGUCACCAGUGUCACUUUUUAAUUAGAAGAAAUCCAGACUAUUUACCACUUACCAGAAGAAAGAUAUUCUGGGUGUCAGACCUUCCUCCACUGCCAGUUUCGAGGACAUUCAGGACAUCUCAGCCUAUCUCACUUUCGCACACAUCAAAAACGAACUGUACAAAUAAUAACUCGUGUACGAGCCUAGUCCCUCUUUCAAGAUCUCAUCAGUCAUCCUCAACUAAUCAAGAAAAUUUAGAAGAGACAUCCAAAAUUGACAAAUCCAAACAAAAAGACCUUUCUAUAGUGCGAAAUAAGUUUUCUAAUCUUAAAAUUUGGAACAGCAAUUCGCAACUGUCAAAAAGUGACAGUGAUCAGUCGUAUGCGGACUAUGAAAAUUAUUUUUAUAUUUAA